UGCCGGCGUACCCACAUUCUUUAUUUCUGUUUUUGAGUUCAUGUCAUCGGGGUUGGCUAAACAAUGGGGUUGAUGUGCGGUUUGUGAAAACAGAGUCAAGUGAUCGGGGUUGUUUAUCUCUAGUAAGGGGCGCCUUGAAACUGGCUAGGUCCCAUUUCCCCUGUUGUUUUUGCUGCUCAGCUCGUGGAUUCUCCAUGUUGGACUAAUUCAGAAGAUCCUGGACAUAGGGGUCUGGGACUGUUUUACAAUUUUUUAUGUUCUAUUUUUUGAUUUUCAUGCAACAGAAAAAACAAAUUUGCAAAGCUCAUUUUUGCAGUAAGACAGCAGCACGACGAGGAGGAAAGAGGACCAGAAAAAAAGCAGCAUUGCGCGGAAAAGCAGAAAUUAACCAACAGAUCAGCUGCUGGGGGUCGGUGUAAUUGUUAGAUGGAAAGCAGCUCUAUCAUCACCCAAGUGCAAAAAGACGAGGCGCUUGCACAUCCUAAGCCAGGUUUGGUGACUAAAUCUUCACCCAAGAAACCUCGCCGCAGGAGCAUUUUUAAGGCUCUCUUCUGUUGCUUCCGAGCGCGGAAUGUUCAGCAACCGCCAGCAAACGAGCAGGCACAACAGACGGAGGAAAACGAUUCAGUUGCUAAGUCUGAUCUGCUACAGUGCCUUCAGUACCAGUUUUAUCAGAUUCCAGGUACAUGUUUGCUUCCCGAGGUGAAUAAGCAGGACGUUGGCAAAAUCUGUGUGGUUAUUGAUUUGGAUGAAACUUUGGUGCAUAGCUCCUUUAAGCCAAUCAACAAUGCUGACUUUAUAGUACCUGUUGAAAUUGAGGGAACAACGCAUCAGGUAUAUGUUCUUAAAAGGCCUUUUGUAGACGAAUUCCUGCGAAGAAUGGGAGAUCUUUUUGAAUGUGUGCUGUUUACUGCCAGUUUAGCAAAGUAUGCUGAUCCUGUGACAGACCUGCUAGACAAGUGGGGUGUUUUCCGAGCUCGUCUCUUCAGGGAAUCCUGUGUCUUCCACCAAGGUUGCUAUGUCAAAGACCUCAGCCGGCUGGGAAGGGACUUAAGCAAGACAAUCAUCUUGGAUAACUCGCCAGCAUCCUAUAUUUUUCAUCCAGAGAAUGCAAUACCUGUGUUGUCCUGGUUUGAUGACAUGGGAGACACAGAACUUCUCAAUUUGAUCCCGAUCUUUGAAGAACUAAGCCAAGCAGAAGAUGUAUACACCACACUUGGACAGCUGAGGAGUCUAUAGCGACUCUUGGCAACAGUCCCAUUCUUCACGGGAUGAUGUUACACUUCAUAGUGCCUUCUAUUCCAGCAAGGAGAUGAAAGGUGUAGGAUGCAGUCUCAUCUACGCCAGGGGCCACAGACUGGAUGGAGGGAAACGUCUAAAAAACGAACUCUGCCAGAACACUUGAGAAGCUGCCAGAACACUUGAGAAGCACUUUUGUUCACAGACUUUUAUGCAAACUCUCCUUCAUUACUGAACUGUAAAACUUGGUUAAUUGUCCAAGUGGCCGCAAAAGUGCCAUGUAAAAUGUCAUGGCUUUCUAGAGAGGCAGAAAUGGACCAGUUUGUGCUUGUAUUCUUCAGGUGGGGAGAUGAAUAUCAUGUUUUGAAAUCUACCAGCAUUUGCUGUUAAUCUGUGCAGUGCCCUUUAACCAGUGACUGUACCAUUGCAGGGUUGUUGAGUUGAGAAAUGGUGCUUAAAACAACAGAGGUGCCUUAAACAAGGAGACGAGGAACCGAGGUAGUGCCAGUAAGGUCAAGUCCUCAGAAGCUGCUAAAUUUUAGUACAGUACCACCCCAGCUUAGGUAAGUGUCACUCAAAUGGCAGCAGAAGGAAGCUGCAGGUAGCACAUCUGCUGGUUCCAGUGGCUCCUUUUUGAACCAUGUGUAGAAAGUGAAAGAGGGUUUAUUUAAGCCUGGAAAGUGUUUUCCUACUUUGUAAGUAUAUUCUCAGUUUCCUGUUCUCUCAGCUGUACUCUUUUGUGCAUUGUCAUAGUGUUGAAGUCCUGCCCCAGCUGUACUUGUUUGUGCAGUCAGGGAAUGGUAGGGAAGAGUUUACGUAAAAAAAACUGGAAGUGAAUGAAUGUUGACAACUUUAAUGUGUUACGAUCAUAGCAAAAGAAAAAAAAAUGUAACUACUUCCUGAUUGCAGAUCAAGCGAUGCCCUUUAGAACUGGGGUGUAUGGAGUUGGUAUAGGUGCAGGUAAUUGGGUAAUACACUUGGAAAUGUUACAGGUUGUCAUAUUUGGAAGCUUUUUUAUUUUUCCCCCUUCCCGAAGUCCUGAAAGGCAUGUUGUGUUAUAAUUGUUGGAACACCGUAACAAACAAGUGAUCCAUGCAUGUGACUCCAGGGGAGUGUUAUUGCACACAAACAUCCAACCCGUUAUGGUGGAACUCGUUUACAAUACUCCACAAAUUCAUAUUGUCCUGAUCAGUUUUUCACUUUCAGAAAAUUUCAGAACUGCAGUCUUUUUUGCUGGCAUGCAUUUUGGGCAUGUGUGUAUCUUUUUGUGCUCUUAAGUUUUCUUCACAGGGGUGUCUUCUCAGUUGAUUAUGUAAAUGUUGUAUGUUGAACUUGACUGUGUGAAAGUGGCCCAAAAGUCCUGCCUUGUUUCACUGAGAGGUAGUCAUCAUCUGGUUUUAUUUAGUGAUAAGUAAAUUAAGUGGUCAGAAUUUUUAAUUUUUUUAAUAAUUUCUCCCUAAGCUAAAUAAAAAAGAUUGUGUUAAUACAUUUCUAAAGUGGUCAAGCAAUAAUGACAACAAAUGUAUACACACCCCCGCCUUGUUUCAGUGACCAAAUGUACUAUGUGGCAGGUGACCAGAAGAUGUUUGUUCCUUGUCCUCCUCCUGUGAUGCAUCUUAAUAAAGAAAUGUAAUCUGUGACUGGUGGUGUCACGUGCUGCUGUGCUGUGUCACUAGCCAUUACAUAGCUGAAUUAACAGCAUGAUGCACUCGGGUGCACAUCACCCUGUUGCUGGCCCAUUGAGAUGAUAACGACUUACAGCAACGUUCUGUGUUUCGAUGCCGUCUGCUGAAUGAAAGUGAUUGCAAUGAUCAUGGACUGGUAGCUGUAGUCCAUUUACUUAUAGUUUUGUUUACCAAAAGAAGUCUGUGUGUGUCUGUGUGUGUCUGUGUGUGCGCGCGCGUGCAUCUUUGUGUGUGUGUUGGGGGGGGGGGGUUGCACAAAUCCAAAUCCUGUCAUGAUCAAAACUGCUAACAGAAUUUCAUAGCUAACUUUCCGUCUGGACUCUGAUCAGAAUAUUUCAUUUCAUGAUUUGAUGCAUCUGGGUUUGCUAUGUUGCCUGACUUAAUGCAUUUAAUAGCUUCUGCAGUGUGGAUUCCUAGUUUUUGAGUGGGCCAUGCCUUCAGCCUCUUUGCUGAAGAAAUAGAACAAAGGGACAAAAGUUUGGACAGAGUUUACAUGUUUUUAUGCACUUAAAGUUGCUAGAGUACCAGGUUUUGCUUUGGAUGCAUUCUUCAAAUGGAUAUGAAGUCUGAAACCUCAAAUGUCUGCCAAUAAUAGAGAUUGCCAUCCCAGUGGAUUUUCCAGAAGAGCAUACAUUUUACAAGGGGUAGUCCAAAAUUAUGAGGCAAAAUCAGGGACUCUGCAGAAUCCAGGACAAUUGAAAACUACAGGUACGGAUGUGUCAUUCCGAAAGUCAUCAGAGAGUGCAGAAGCUAGGGUAGAGGGUUUUCUCGACUGGAUGCCUGGCAGUAUCGUUACACAGUGGUACUGCUUGGCUUGUUUAAGAAGGAAGCUGCAGUCCAGUGCAGGUAGCAAUGUUCUGCUUUGUAUGCACUAGGCAGUUUGAUUGAAAUUUGUUUUCCAUUUUAAGGUGAUUAGUGUUCAUUUCUCAAUGAAAAUGUGUCUUUCCUCGUUAACAUACAGCUUCAACCCCCCCCCCCCAAAAAAAAAAAAUAAUCACUUGCCAUCCACGUAUGUAUCUUUUUGUGAGUUGCCUUUUAGAAGUUGUCUACUGAGGAAAGACAGCUGAGGGCACUUUUUCUUGCAUCAGCCAGUAAUAUGCUCAAGGGGGGAGGGGCAGCGGCUUUUGCCAGGGUUACAUGAGCCAUGAUCGCUAAUGUGCAGCAUCCCAACGGUGACGGUAAAGCAGCUGAGACUACUACUGUCCCCAUGAAGGGAAGCCCCCCCCCCCCCAAAUCCAUGAUGCGUUUAGCCAUUUUAGAUAGCAGCUACCUGUCGAUUUCCUGGUUUGGCCUGUCAGAUGUUUUGCCUGGAUUGUUAGAUUUAACAAAACUUUGGUUGCUUGUCACCCACUUGUGCAUUUCAGUCCUCCUUUUUUCGAAGAAUUCUGACAUCACUGGUAUGUAGUAUAAACAGUCAGCCAGCCUCUGCAGAGAAGCCUGUUGGCAGGUGUUUUAAGUGAGGUCAGGCAAAAGGAAUAUAUUCAAUGAUUGCAUAUGUGACUGUGUACUAAAGUGCUAAACCAGAUUGUGGUUAUUUUUACUGUGCAUAUGCAUGACCCUCUGGUAGGAAGGCCCUGCAUACUUUGUGGUAUUUAAGCAAAGCUUUGUGGUUUGAGAGAAGCCUUUUGAGACGGUCUUAGAACCUUUGUAUAAACUGUUUCUUUAGUGCUUUGGGGUUGCUUUGUAAGCAAAGCACUAUGGGCCCAUCUCUGUGAUAUUUUCUUAAUGGUUGUAACCCAGUUGUGUAGAGUAGGUCCAAUUAGCAAAUCCUGGAGUAAAAAAGAAAGUUCUCUGUUAUCACCUGCAUUGGGAGCUUUUACUCACAGCUCAGACUCCUCAAUUGGAUGGAUGUCCUGCAGUUACUGUGCCUCUGGGGUCAGUUUUACAUUGAUGACCAAAGCACCAGUAGGAUUCUGCCUGUUUCCACCCAUGUAUUGUCUAAAAUCUCACUUUUUUCAGCUAUUUUGGGUCUGUGGUAUUUCUUUGUGCUAGGUAGAGCUGUAUUCCGUUGCCUGCAGAAUUGGACAUUUUAGUGGGAGGAGGGAGCUUGCAUUGAUGUAGUGCUGUGGCUGUGCUGGUGGACAUUUAGUGGGAGGAGGGAGCUUGCAUUGAUGUAGUGCUGUGCUGGUGGCAGUUAACAUUUGCAGGGUAAGUGAUAGUUGUCUGUUAAUUUGCUUUCCAUGCAGCAGUCCUACUUCUGUUGCAGUAUUCUGGCUUGACUUAAACGUAUGAGGUUGUUUAGUGUUGGUGGUACAGUUUCACAUUGCAAGCAUUUGUGGUAAGUAGACUUCAGAAACUGAGUUUUGUUUGCUAGCGUGAGAUCUGUUUUAUUGGGGAGGUGUGGAGUACAUGAUGUCAUGUCUGAGUACAUUGUGCUUUCUUGAGUUAUCUGUCGUCUAGAUCUGUUGCAUGAGUAGCAGAAUCCCUCUGACUCCCACCAAGUUGAAGUGUACCCAAGAUUAGCUUCAGAGAGACUUCAGCAGCAGUUGGUUUGCCAUCCUUGACUGUUGAGGGCUCCACAGGUUUUUCUGGUUCAUUCUUGUGUGCAGUGAUUUCAGGCACAUUGCUGUAUGAUGACAUUUGCUGCUGUUUUUCUAGAUUGUGUGGGCUAGUUGUAAUGAUUUUGCUUGUAGUCUUGGUCAGAAAACUGUAUGUAAAAAGUUGAUACUUGAAUGAUCAGUAAUUCUUCUUUUCCUGGAUAACCAUCUGAACUUCACUAAAUGAUGUUUUUGAGUAUCCCAGGCAGAAGCUGUCUUGUCGUUGGGUUUAUCAGAAGGGAAGGGGUAGUAAUUCCAUCUGAUUGUAGGCAUAGUGAAAUCCUGGGGUAUCAUCCAUACCCUGAGUACUUGACCACAGUUGGUCAUCAGAGCUUUUUAUUGUGUUGGUGCUUAGUAAGAAUUGGAUUUUGUUGGAGGCGAACGUUUCCUAAAUUCAGACUUGCAUUUUUAAAGAGAAGUUAUACAUACCGGCUCAUAAUGUGAUGAUAGUCUGGAAUAUUUUGGAGUACUAUCUCAUCUGUAUACAAUGUUUGCCAUAUUGUAAGAUUUUUUUUUUUAUCCUUGCAUCUACUCCAGGAUAAUUAAUUGAGUUACGGCUUAGAAAGUUUGAAUAGAGUCUGUUGAAAGUGUAAUAUGAAGAUAGGGCAUACAUUGGUGGAUUUCUAACCAUCCACUUAAGUCUAUUAGUAUAAUCCUGGGAUUGUAUCUUGCAACAGUUUAUACAAUCCCAGGUGUAGUUGCAUCUUCAGAGGUAAGGAUGCAACCACAGACCGCUAGUGGAGCAUUCUGGAAAUGUGUUUUAUGAUUUCCAGUGUGUAUGAGAAGGUGAUGGUUAGUUCUGGUUAUUUGUAUUAGAUUCAUUGUGAAUUUUUUUUUUUAUUAAAAAAAAAAAAUCCUGGUCCCUUCAUUGAAGAGGACUUUUACCUACACAUUUACUAAUCUGUCUGUUUUUAUUUAAAGUGUAUGAAGUCAUGUGCAAUGCAUAGUCCUUGGGAAACGGUGGGUGGUAUGUAUAAAUAUUAACAUGCCCAGAUGUGUAACUUUUCAAAAAGAGUCACUGAAAAGUUUGUGUUAAGUUUAAAGGUAGCAGAUCUGAAACAAGAUGUUCUUUUGUUUCAUGUACUAUAGCAGACAAAGAAAAGGAAUGUGCAGAGGGUUAGAAAAAUGUGCAUGCUUGUUGUCUGUUUGAAAAGUGACACAUUUUUUCUUUGAACUAACAGCAAGUACAAGUGAGCAUCAGAUGUCUAGCCGGGAGUUUAAAAAAAAGUCAAGAAAUAAACCGUUUCAAGGUGGCCUUAGAAACAGGAGCUCCUGUUCUUAACAAGAGAACGUGUUGUAUUACUCAAUUUUUUUCUAAAUUCUUGGAAGGAAGGUCAGGUGUGUAAAGGGGUUUCUUCUACCCGUGAAGCAUUGUAUUAGAUAAGUUGUUGAACUGACGUCCCAGGCCUCCGUUGUCACAGUGUAGAUGUUGCGUUGAAGUUGACAUUGUUGACAACAUGGAACACUUUCAGCAUUCAUCUGUCACGGUUUGUUUUUCAUGUUGGGUUAGUAGAACUGUUUUCCAUAUUUAUGUUAGGAAGGGUAUGUGUGAAAGUCUGUUAUUGUCAGAUGUGCUUUGGUAAAGCUGGAAGAUUUCCUAUGAAUGUUUACUAAUAUUUAAGCAGCCUGAAUGUCUCUUUUGUUUAGAAUCAAAAGACACUGAUCUAUAAGUUGUCUUUGUACUGGGGCAGUUCCAGGUGGUUGAUGAAAUGGAGAGCAGAUGCUGAGUGGGCAGCUUUUUCUAUAAAGCAAAUUGCUGUGGUAUUUUUUGGAUUACUGUUUUCAUUUGCAGGGAAUUUUUAAAUGGGGAGAUAAUUACUAGGAUAUCAUUGAUUCUGAAAUUUGAGAAAAAGAUGUCUGGCACUUUUGUUGAGCUUUUCUUUGUGUUUUUAUGUACAAGUUGAGAACAUUAUUAAAAAGGGGACAACUUCUGCAUAUAUGGUAAAUAUGUAAUUUGUAAAAAAAAAAUACGAAUAUUAGAGUCUGACGGUCAUUAAAAUGCAAAGAGUGAAAAAAUAUAUUUUAAUGGCUGUCAUACCGUAACUAUUUAAUUGCGUUGAGUUUGACAGAUGAAGGGUUUGCAGGAAUUGCUUUACUAGUGUACUAGUGUGUUUAAAUGCCACCGUUUCAUGUGGUUUUGUAUAAUGGCUUUGCAGCAUGACUGUCAUUUAAACAAAGUAUUAUUUUUGUUUUUAGUUUGUACUUAAGCUGCUGAGCUGUUGUAAAGAACUGCAUGAAACGGCAGCAUUUAAAUAUGCAGUCCUGUACUGGUAGCAACAGCAUGCAGUUAAGUAAAAAGAAACCGUCUAUGUUACAGUUUUGAGGGUUUUGUAAGAUUUUAUAACUGUCAUGCCUUAAAACCUCUCACUAGAUUUAACUCCUAGAUUUAUGGGGGAUCAGAGAGUUUUAAUGGGUUUUUGGUUUUAAAUGUAUCUGGACUUGAACAUAGAGUUUAUAGGGUACUGGAGAUUGUUUUGCUUCCGAUGUCAUCAUUUGAACUGAAUUUUAAACAGGGAAUCUUUUUAUAAGUAAGAAAAUUUGCCAUUUUUUUUUUAAGAGUCCGAAUGCUGAGUAAAAGAUGUUUAGAAUGUGUUAUUGUUGCUGGAUUUACAUUUUUUUGGGGGAUGUCAAGCGUCUUGAUUUGUGUCAGAUACAUUAAUAAGCAUCAGCAGCGUUUUGUCUGCCAUUCCACAUAACUGUAGCAGCCUGUUAACAAUACGUUUUUUAUUGGAAUUUAUAUACAUACUUCUGUAAUGGAACUGUAAAUAAGAGAGACAAAUUUGCUAACUCAUUCUCUUGUUCAUUGGCUUCCACCUUCAGUUUCUAUUUAACUGUACAGCUUUUUGCUCUCUUGAUAUUUCUGCACUAUUGAGGUUUGGCUGCAGAAGUUUGUUAAAUUGCAUUCUGCUAUAUCACCAGUAGGUGGAAGUAUUGCACACUAUUAUUAGUCCUUUAUGGUAUCCGUGCUUGGUUGCAAGUGAUCUGAUGGCUUAUUUUUUGCCUUUUCAGAUUAACAUCUAUCUCCCUUUUGUGUUCCUAAAACUAAGUUUAAAAAAUUACUCUUAAAGAAAUAGUUCAUUUGCAACUUUCGUCACCUGCAUAUUUUGCUCUUCAUUUUGUUGAAUGCAAACUACAAUUUGGGCAAAGUAGUUUAUUUUUGCAGAGUAUUUACCCAGUAAAUUUUCUGUGCAAAGUGCACCUUGUUUUUAGUCCUUGCUUUUAAAAAUGUAGGCAUAGAAAGUGUGACUUAAAAAUUGGAAUGACUACAUAUGCUGAGAAGACAUCACAUGCAAAAACAAGUAGAAAAACUACAUUCAUGUCAUGCAGCCCUGUAAGCAGUCUCUGAGAGUGGAGUGUGGAGGUGAGUUAACUGCUUUAAUGAGCAGAAGAUCCAUGUCGAUUGUAUGGCUGAUAAGAACCUUUGCCUUUUGUUUCAAUUAGGAAAAACCUUUUUGGCAGUCACUCUUGGGAUUUCUGUCGUCUUGCACUAACAGUAAAUAUGUUCAUGUGAUAACUGAUUAAAUGGAGGGAUUACACUGGCCAGUUUUUUGAACCAACACUGUGUGUGUGUGUGCACGCUCCCUACAAAAUAAAAGCAACAUCAGCAGCACACCACAUGACAUUCAGGUGCACAAGUCCGCUGUGAUGUCACAGUUGCAUUCCAUAGCAGUGAACGUCUGUUCUAGUGUUGAAGGUAUAGCAGAACUGCUGUGCUGGCAGUGGAAUGUGAAAUUCUGAAAUCGUACAAACUGUAGCUGGACACAGCAGGGAAGUGGCAUAUAAAUGUUAUACAGGUACACAUUAACAAACUACCCAAUAGUAAAGAUGUGAACAAUGUUGACCCUGGUGCUUGGGAAAAGCUCUGUUCCUUUAAUGUAGGAGCAGUGGCAAAAAAAAAUAAAAUAAAUACGACCAUGACUUCUAGACGGUCAGGAGAGAAUGACUAGUAACUUGCACUGUAGCACUUUAACAGGUAUACCCUUUUCCUCACUGGCACUUUGUACUCUUGUCAGCCAUGUUAGUGUCUUUGUGUAUAAAGUGGGAGAGAAUGUUCUAAUGAUUUUCAUUUGCGUGUUUAGCUGUAUGGUUGAGUGUAGUGUCAUCUACCUUUCCUGACUUUAAUUAGUGGUAUUCAUGUGGUUAACAUGUUCGUGUAGGCGAGUUCCAUAUGACAUUCAGUAGGCAGAGGGCUUGAAUGGUUUUGUAUUCUACAGUACAGGUUUGCAUUUCUGCAUUAGUGAAUUCUAUUUACAGUUUCAUCUUGGAUGGAAUGUGUACUGUCCUUAUAGUCUGUCUGCUGCAUUAGUACACCAAGGGUCGACAUUUGGGAGUGGUUUGCUUCGAGUGUUGGCUGUAAGGGAUUGCAUUGUCUUGGCUGCCCAGGGUUCUAGGUGUCAGAUUGUGAUUGGCAGAUGCCAGUGGUGCAGUAACCGUAUUUAGAAAGGCAUUUUAUAGCAAGAAGUCUGAUACAGUUUCAGAGCAGAAUGAUUUGGCCCCUCAACUUAAAUUUGAUGGUGACGCCAGACUGAAGAAUUGCACAAGGUGCCAGGUAACCCAUGCAACUGCUGUGCCGAUCUCCUUUAUUUUACCCUUGUAUUUGCAUGUGUAUAUCAAGGAAUAUGCAGCCAUUGCAGAGUGGAGUAGGACCAUGCUUUUCUAGCAUCUCUUUUCUCACCUGAUUUGCAAAGUGAACACUGUGGUUAGCCGUUAAAGGAGAGUAGAGCUCAUGAGUCCUUGUUAGAGGUGAGAUUUUCACUCUGCUUGCCAAGAAGAAGAGUAGGAAGUUAGUAGCCCAUUGUACAUGUACGCUAUCUAUGCACUGACAUCGGUAGAAGUUCAUUUGACACACUGUCCGACAACAUUACAAUAUUACAUUUAAACUUGCUGUAACCUUAUAGCAAGUGCACAUUUUUCAGGGAAUACAUAUGUGCAUGUUGUAAAUGUAUCUGAAAUUUCAGAUCAGAUAACGGUGGUGACCUUUACAAGUUUUUUAGAAGUUAUACCGGCUGAGCAAAUUAGGGCAUUACUGGUUUGGUAUAACUGGUUAUAAAUACAUUUUGAAGGCGUGUCUUGCAGUAGACUACACCUUUGGAUAUACUUCUGAGCAUUGCAACUUUGUGCGUCAGAGGCCUUGAAAUACAUUCUGUAAAAAUGGGUGCAUUUUUGGGUAUGUUGUUAAGGAAGUGGGGACAGAGCUUUUAUAUGUCAAGAUUAUUUUGCUGUGUUUCUUUAGGAGACUCCUUUUAUUGAAGGUUAGUGUCUGUUGUCUUACCUGAAGAGUUGGAUAGUCACAUCUCGCUGUUCCUUUUUUUGAAUACCUCUAUAGAGAAAAGGUGCAUGGCUCCAGUUUGUCUUCCUCAGCGCUGCAUAUGUAUGCUAAUUUGCUUUAAAACCGAAGUUCUUUCAGAGGUUUUUUAAAUGUUCAUUUAUUUUUAUGGAUCUGGUUGUUGAAAUGCAGGUGUGGGAGUGUUUAAUAUCUCCAUCACUGUGGAACUCAUUGUACUGUCAUAUAGGACACUGUCCCAUUUAAAGCUCCAUAUUAAGUUAGCUGCUAGCGGAAGAGCUGUUAUAUGUAUGAUGACUGGAUGUCUGCCUUGUAUCUAAAAGUCACAGUAUUCUGAGUGUUUUCUCCUAAAACAGCACUGAUGUAACCUGUGCCAAAGAUGGCAUUUUAUAGCUGUACACUGUAUUCCAGUAUGAAACGUGCAGGGCAAAAACUGAAAUUAAAAGUUUAAACGAAUAAGAAAAUAGAAGCAAAUCAUGCUGUUUCACAAGUGUUGUGUUUUCAUCAUCUUAAAAUGGUGCAGUGGGUAUUUUUGUAACUGCAGCAAAGCUGACAGAUCUUGUACCACUGCCUGGUUGAAAUGACCAUGGUAGGCCUGUUUUACUGUACCAGUAAAGUAAUUCAGAGGUAAGGCCAUUUAUACUGUAGUUGCCAGCAUGCAGCUGCAAGCAGCACAGCCAUUGUUAUGCCGUUAAUGGCCCCCUCCAAACAUUUGUUGAGCCUGUAGUUAGUGAGGAAUAUUGUGUCCUGCACAGUUAAGUACAUUUAGGUCAGCACUUGGGCCAGUGUGUGAGUGCUGUAAUAUGUAUUAAGUCUCUUGGGUUAAUUGAUCAGCCUUCCAUCUCUUAGCAUCAUUGUAAGACAAAGGGAUGCACUGAGUUUUCUGUGUUGCACUGCCUUCUGUGACCACAGUGUUUCCUGAUCUUGAAAGCACCUGUUGUGUAAACUUUUCAGCUAACAUGGGAAGUUUUGCUAUUGCGUGUAGCUAAAUGCUGGUAGAUUUCAUCACUGGCCAGUACAGUUCUCCUGUCAGGCUAGCGGUAGAGGAGAAUGCAAGAUGCUAAUUGAAUGCAUAUCACACUGGCGGCCUGCAAGUGUAUCGGGUCAUUAUCUCCCUGGUGAAUGACUUGAAUAGCCAAUUACAAAUCGUGUUGGACCAGUGGAAAGCAGGGUGGCUGUAGAGGAAUGGAGUUCAUCAUAGCAAAGUGUCUCCUGAGCAUCAGUUUCUGCAUCCAUUCCGUUUUGAGCACCGUUAAUAACAGGUUUGCUUGUCUCCUUGUUGAGCUUGUGGACCAGGAGUUAAAUGUUCUGCCUGAUCUGAGAUCAGGGAAAGAAGUGUGCGAGAAAUACUAUACUUUCCACUGUGUCUAAGUACUGUAAAAAAAAAGAAAAAAAAAAGAAAUGACUGCCUUUUGUAAUAACAGUUUAUUAAAAUUGUGUUUUUUAAGCAGAUUUUCAAAAUGUCAGAAAACAAUAGUUACUUAUUUGUAUUAAAUAUAUUUUUGGAAACUUUGUAUCACCUGCAAUAAAUAAAACAUGAAAAAUGUUUCUUAACACUGA